CUUCUUGCCUAUAUAUAUUGCUGCUUAAAGUCAAAACAGUUCAAAAAGUAUUUWAAAAAAACUUGCAAGAAUAAACCAAUCAAUGAUGUUAGAUGAGCUGGCCAUCGAUUAUUCUGAGUACUUAAAGGUCGACAAUGAAAAUGAGGUUAGCGCGUUAAAAGAUGUAGUCGAAGAUAUGCUUACCAGAUUGGAAGAAUUUCAGACAUUUAUGGAAAUGGUACGUGCACUACGAAUGGAAAGUACUGUGAUGCAUUAUGAUUCAAUAAAAGAAAUGAAAUCCAAGGUUACUGAACUCACAGAUUCUGUAAAUAAAUUAGAAAAGCUGGUUAAUAAAGUUGGUGAAGAUGUUGAGUUGGUUGACCAACAACUAACUGAAGCUGAGGCUUGUAUGCCUAUCAAUAAGGAUGGCCCACUAAAUACAAUUCUAAAACCUUUUUUUAAAAAACAAGAAGACCAUUCUUCUAGACAAUUACCUGCCUAUGAACCACCAGUGAUAUUUAAGUCUGAUGAUUACUUUCUUGCAACAGAGGCAGAAGAUGCGCUUAAAAUAAUUGAAAAUGAUACAACCACUAACAAUUAAUACAAAAAACACUUUUAAUUUUAAAAUUUUGUAUGGGAUUAAGUUAUCUAGUAAUAUAAACAAUUAGACAUAAGUUAUUGAUUGUUUUUUGGGAUAAAUACUUGUUAUUUGUAUAAGAAUUUUAAUCACUGCAACAAUUAACUGUCAAUAGAACUAGUUGAAUAUUCCAUACCAUACGAAUGUUCAAUGAUUCAGAUACCUAUAAAUUAUUGUUGGUGAAUACAAAAAAGUUAAAAGUAUUAAAUUAAUGUAUUUAUACUACAUAAUAUCUAAAAAUAAUAAAUUCAAUUUAAAUUAUUUGAAUUAUUUAACUUACAUCGAAUUUAUGUAUUUGWGUUAUGUUUAGUAAUUAAYUAUAUAAAUUACAUUAUUUUUAUAUCUGUAUUUUUAUAGAUAGCGCUAAUAAAAAAUUUAUAUUAUUAUGGUUCUAUUGCUGGUCAUUUUUAUGUUCACUAUUCAAAUAAAUUCUAAUUUUUAACUUUUGAGUAGGUAC